GCUGCCAUGGCUUGGCCUCUGGGGCCAGAGCACCGGUUCCCACCUCUCCCCUCCUUGCUGGCCCCUGAUGCCGGCCAGACGUUUGCCUUCGCCGGGGCCCCUGCCUGACCAGCUUCCCCACCCCAUCCAGCUGGGAUUUGGGGGCUGAGCUGUCGGGGGUCCCAGAGCCAAUGCAGUGCCGGCUCCUCAGGGGCCUGGCAGGAGCCCUCCUCACACUCCUGUGCAUGGGGCUCCUCUCCCUUCGGUACCAUUUGAGCCGGUCCCCGAAGAGCAGGGAGACCCCCAUGCUGAGCCCACCGAGCCCUCAGCCCCCUGAGCUGCAGCUGCAGGAUGUCUUCAUCGCGGUCAAGACGACCGGUGCCUUCCACCGCUCUCGCCUGGAGCUGCUGCUCGACACGUGGGUCUCCAGGACCAGGGAACAGACAUUUGUCUUCACUGACAGCCCGGAUGAAGGUCUCCAGGGGAGACUGGGGCCCCACCUUGUGGUCACCAACUGCUCUGCGGAGCACAGCCACCCAGCCCUGUCUUGCAAGAUGGCCGCUGAGUUUGACGCCUUCUUGGGCAGUGGGCUGAGGUGGUUCUGCCACGUGGAUGAUGACAACUAUGUAAACGCAAGGGCGCUGCUGAAGCUGCUAAAAUCCCUCCCGCAGACCCUCGAUGUCUACAUCGGUCGGCCCAGCCUGAACCGGCCCAUCCACGCCUCUGAGCCGCAGCCGCACAAUCGCACGAGGCUGGUACAGUUCUGGUUCGCCACCGGGGGUGCUGGCUUCUGCAUCAACCGCAAACUGGCUUUAAAGAUGGUGCCAUGGGCCAGCGGCCACCGCUUCGUGGACACAUCUGCGCUCAUCCGGCUGCCUGACGACUGCACUGUGGGCUACAUAAUUGAGUGCAAGCUGGGGGGCCACCUGCAGCCCAGCCCCCUCUUCCACUCCCACCUGGAGACCCUGCAGCUGCUGGGAGCUGCUCAGCUCCUGGAGCAGGUCACCCUCAGCUACGGCGUCUUUGAGGGGAAGCUCAAUGUCAUUAAGCUACAGGGCCCCUUCUCCCCCGAAGAGGACCCUUCCAGGUUUCGCUCCCUACAUUGUCUCCUCUACCCAGAAACUCCUUGGUGCCCACGGCUGGUGGCCCGAUGAGCCCUGAACUGCUGGGCUGCUGUUGAGCUGAGGACUCUGCUGUCCCUCGCCUCCCAAGGCAGCCUUGAGGGCCUGUGGCAAGUGCCCGGGGCUGGGUAGUCCCCGGCAGGGCCUCCAGGUGGUGGGCGAGCCCAGGGCUGGAUGGUGACUGGGGGUGAAAGCAUCUCUGACUCCCAGGAAGUGGGGACCAGGGACUGGGUGAGGGCCAGAGAGGCCCCAGGGGCUGGGCUCCCAUGGGCCCUGGGUGGUUGAAAUGAACAGGGUGGGGGGCUUUGAGCUGGGCUGGGGCUCAGGAGUCCUAACCCUCAGAGAAUGACAUGGGCCCCUGAGCGGGGUGCGGCCCCCGCCCCCAGGCCUGGUCUCUCAGUCAUUCUCGUGGGGUCCAGCACUGAGCCACCCACUCCUGAAUCCCUUGGCUGGACCCCAACCACUGAGGGGACCUAGGGGGAACGGGGGCAGAAGGCAGGGUCUGUGACAGAUGCAGCUUUUACUGACUGGUCUCCCGCUCCCCGCUCCCCACCCCCUGCUGGCAGAACCCAGUUUUGUUUGGCGCAUCCGCCUGCCCAGGUCAGAUCACGGAUCGUCACCAGGUCCCGGCCCGCCCGAUAAUCCUUUGCUCACUUGCUCAGCUUCCCUGGCCGUUAGGAGCUACCGUGUGCCCCAGCUCUGCCUGAGUCCGAGCCCUCUGCUAGUGUGAGCUAACCAAAGCCGAUAGAGAGGAUCCUAGGGAAAGUUCGGCAGCCCUGCGCGCUGUCUUCCUGCUGUGAAUGUGGAUGCAAUGUCUGGAUCUGGGCAGCCACUUUGCUGCCUUGAAGGAAAAGCCCAGACUGUCGGCCACACCUGUCCAUCUAGCAUCUGGGUCUGUAAGAAAAUUAAAUCCUUAUUUGU